UCCUCUCUAUCAAUCUUUAGAAAAAGAGAGAAAAAAACAAAUUCUUUUGAUCCUCUGUUCUUAUUCUUCACGAUGAGAAUCUUAAAGACUCAAAGAUCAAGGGGAGGAAGAAGAAGCAAGAAAAUCGGAAACAAAAGAACAAAUGUUUCAUCAUGUGGAGGAGAAAAGUUCUCCGAGAAGCUUCAGGCGCUUAAGAGUCUUCUUCCUCCGGCAACAACGACUGAGAAGAGUCGUCAAGAUGCUUACGUGGAGGAAGAUUCCGACAGUGGAGAGACGGAACAGUUGUUUCAAGAAACUGCUGACUAUAUCGUCAGGCUUAGGACACAAGUCAUGGUGUUGCAAAAGUUAAUCGAGAUCUAUAGAUCAUCUGAUCAAACGGAAGAUAGUUUGUGUCAUAAUGUUCAUAUUAAAUUUUGAUUAUGUUUUUUUUUUUAAGCAAGCUUUUUUCUUUUAAUGUAUUACUUGUUUGGAACCUUUAUGGUUUAGGUAGUCCAUGAUGUAUAAUGUUUGAUUUCGACGAAAGAAGAAAUGAAAUCGGUCACCAUUAUGUGUA